CGACUUACAAGGGAAUAGAGGAGUGCAAGAAGCUUGAGCGGCUCACACAGACUUCUAAACCUCGAUCACUGCCUCUUCAAAGCGCCUCGGUGCACAUACCUUGUGUUUCAGCGCGGUCCUUCACUCGGUGGUCUGGUGACUAGGCAACUCUCAUUUCGCGCCAGAUCCCAGUGUCGAGCGGUCAGUCUGCACAUCAUUUCAAGCCGAGCUGCCACCUGCAACAACGGAGCUUGUACGAUGUCUGCGACAACACCAGACGCCGCCACUUUGACUCGAAGAGCAUUCGGCGUCGCAACUAGCGGGAGGAAAGACAGCUCUGGGCUCAAGCCUUCGGAGGUCGUCACCGUGCUCGGGACCUUCGCGGUGGUCUUUCUGCUUUUGCUGGCCAUUGGGUGGAUGUGCAAGAUCUUGAACAAGCCAAGCAAAGAAGCGCAGCCGUACUACGCCACGUCCGGGCUCUAUCAACCAAGCGCUGCGGGCUAUGGCGCCCGGCAACCAGGCUCCUCCGCGGCUACAAAGGCCCAGACCAACCUCGCAUUGCCUACGCCUGGUCAAGAGUAUGGUGCUAGAACAAGUUUACUGAUGGCAGCUAGUCCGAUGGGAGCAGGUGGGCAAGGAUACGGCUCUCCUGGUGGCAGUGGAAGAGAGGACUACUUUUCGAAUGGCCCAUCGAUGGCCAACCAUGGCAGGAAUGCAUCAAGUUCUGCGCGAGGUGGGCAUGCUCGUGGAGAGAGCUCCGGAGUGAGGCUACCAGGCCCUUCCGCGGUGGCUCGCCGACCGAUGGGAGGUGCGAGCGGGCAACACCCGCCCUUGUCAAAUGGAAGUGCACCUCCGGAUGGUGGUGGUUUCAAGCCGGGUCAGGUCUUCAAUCAUUCGGCGUCAGCAUACGGAAUGCAAGGCCCAGGCGGCCCACAGCACCAAAUGAGAGCGGCGCCUCGAGGACCUCCGCCAGCUUCAGACCAAAAUAGAAGGAGAUCACGAUACGCCAGACAGGGCGUUGGGGCCAUCGAUUCCGUCGGGCCAGGGCAGAUCAGGAAGAGCAUGUACAUGGGCAACGAGGGCGAUGACCCUACAAGUCCCGGUAGGAAUCGCGCGUCCAAAAGAAUCAGCCGAUACCCCAGCAAUUUGGGCGAAGGUGGCGGCGGAAGCUUACGGAGAGUGGAUAGCGUGGGCAGAGGGGACCACCGUCGAAGGAGUCAAGCUUACAAUGCGAAUCGCUCGCCGAGCAUGUAUGGCAACAACGGACUCAACGAGCGGGCUACCUUGCGCAGCGCUGCGGCCGAUAAUUUUGGCGCGGGUAGAGGGCCGAGCAGCGAUCCACUAGGUGCUGAUCGGUCGCAGUAUCAAGCUAGCGGCAUGCCUCAAUCUGCGCCUGCGGGAUUCAACGGUUUCACGCAGGGUCCGCCAGGUGCGACUUUGCAAGUGGGAGCACGAAGGCCCUCAGGCGGGAACAAUGGGCAGCAACCAAACGGCUACUCGAACGGAUACUCGAACGGCUACGACGGUGCUGGUCCCCGAUCGACGAAUCAGCCCACUUCCUUCCUGCAGACGGAUCCUCGAGCUGGACCUCGAAGUCCUGGUCUCAAAGGUGGACCACCUCGACCUAUGGGCCCACCGUCACCUGGCACCGCACCUCGAUACCAGGGUCAGCCUGGCAUGCCAUUCGCCAGCACUCCUUCGCCGGGAAUGGGAGGUGGAUAUGGAGGCAAUAUGAUCAGCACGGGGGGCGGAGGUAGCAGUCGACACUUGCUCUAACAGCACAGAAUGUAUCUCAAUAAUCUUGAGCGCAGUGGGAAAGCUUCCGCCGCGGUGAUACUGAAUACCCAAGACUCGGACGUCUGAAUCCAUUCGGAACAUCUUUUACCUCCCCGACGUCCUCUCUUGGACGGAACACCCUCGACUUCGCACUUUGCAGGCCCGGACGAUUCUAUUCGAUCAUCGAUUGGCCAUCUGUGUAUUAUUACGUGAUCAGUCUUCAGCGAUUCUAGAGAAGAGGACAUCGAAUCA